GCAGGAUCGGCUCCAGGCACCGGAGCUGAGAUUCCCCAGCAGCCUGUGGUGAGACCGUGGUGAAGCAGCUGUGCCCCUGCAGCCCACAGAGUUCCACAAGGAUGCAGAGAUCCACCUGCAGCCCUUAGAGGAGCCCCACACUGGAGCAGGCAGACACCUUGGAGGAAGCUGUGAUCCUGUGGGAGGUCUGUGGAGAGAGGCCCUUGCUCCCAGGCUGGAGCAGCCUGUCCCUGAAGGACUACACCCCACGGAAGAGGGACCCACGCCACAGCCGUUUUGGGAGGAGUGCUGCCUGUGGGAUGGACUCACGUUGCUGAAGUUUGCAGGGAGCUGUUGCUCACGAGAUGGAGCCAAGCUGGAGAAGUUCUCAGUGAACUGUAUCCCAUGGGAGGGACCCUGCCGUGCAGCAGGGAAACGACUCCUCUCCCUGAGCAGCAGGAGAAGCCUCGGGUGAUGAACUGACCGUGACACCCACUCCCUGUCUCCCUGUACCGAUGGGCGGUUACAGUGGUGAGCUGCACUCCUGGCAGCAUCGGUCACUCCGGCUGCCCUGCCAGAGGCAGACAGUAUGAAGGCUGCUUGCAAGAGCUCAGCUAAGCCUUUCAACAGUGGUUUCAGGUGGGAGACAUAACCAUGGAAAACACGGUGUCCUUGUCACUGUGCCUGCCAGGAAAUCAUCCACUAUCCAUGAAGGCAUUUCACACCACUCCAGGACACCACAGGCAUGGUCUUGGCAGGACCUCAGUGCCACUUGCAAUAGGGAUUUACCAUGAACAUGUACCUAUUUGUGUAUGACUUAAUGCAAUUCUGCGGGCAUUCUUGGAUAUUUACAAAUAUGAUCAUCAGGUUCAUGACAUUUGGAAAAGAUUCACUGGCUGACACGUUUCACUCCAUAGGACUUGUGAUGCGCCUUUGCCAGUUGUUAUCAGUACUGGAGAUCCUACACAUCCUCAUUGGCAUUGACAAAAGCCGUCUCCUCCCCAGGUUUUUGCAGAUCACUGAGAGAAUAAUUGUUUUAUUUGUCGUGAUCAACAGUCAGGAAGAAGUUCAAGGCAAAUAUGUCGUGUGUGUUUUAUUUUUCCUUUGGAAUUUAUUAGAUGUGGUCAGGUACACUUACAACAUGUUGGCAAGGAUGGGCAUAUACUACCUACCACUAACAUGGCUCAACUUCUCACUGUGCAUCCUGCUUUAUCCCCUUUCAGUUCUGGCUAAAGGAUUUGCAAUUUGUGUAUCACUGCCUUAUUUUGAAUCCUGCGGCACAUACUCCAUCCAGCUACCAUUUCCAUUCACCUUCUCAAUCUACUUCCCCUAUGUUCUGAAAAUGUACCUGCUAGUUCUCUUUGCAGGUAUGUGCUUUAUCAUUCGGAACCUCUUCUCUGAGAGAAUGGCACACCUUGGGACAGGCAACAUCAAAAAUAAAAGAAGCUAAGUUGAUAUUUUGUUUGGAUGGACAAAAUAUAUUCCUAGGGGAUUGCUGCACAUCAUAGUUAAUAUCAAACUGGACAAGGAUUUCUCUAUGCAAAACUCCUCUUUGCAUGAACAUUAUCUGGCUGUGUAGAAUUUUCAGAAAAGGCAAAUCUCUUGAGUUCACCUCAAAAAUAGAGCAGCUUUUUAAAACUUUUGAAUGCUUUGACUUCAACUGGCCAGAGUUUUUAAAAGUAGUGGUUUUUCUAACAUAUGUUAUAGAAUUCUGAAGAAAAUUAGAGAGUGCUGCAACUCACAGCCACACCCUUAUUUCAGUGUUAACACAUUUCAUUAGCUAUUAGAUAUUCUGUAAUGACAAUAUCAUUUAAUCUGUAAGUUUACUUUAUACUAGGCCAACAUAUACUAGGAACCUCACAUAUAAAUGCUAAAUUGGUUGGAACUGGAAUAUCUUAAGGAGCAGAAGUCAGAACCUUUGCAACCUAACUAACAUGCUAAGAGACUAACAUGCUGAUUAACCCAGACAUUCACUAAGGAUCCUUCAAAUUCUGGACCCAUCCUUCAGUUAUCAAAAGAAGGUUCCAGGAAACGCAGCUAAAUCAGAAAGCCAAGUGUUUAAGUACUCAUCUACUAUAUAUUCAAGUGGAUGUUUAAGGGUAAGAAAUAAACACUUACAAUCAUGUGUUUGGCAUGUCAGUCUCUUCCCCCACAAUGAUUUUCUUCCAUGCUGAACAGCAGACAGAUACGUGCAAAAGAAGCGUGAUGUAGUCAUGUCAAAUAGCAUGUUCUUCCUAAAAGUGAACUGAAUGACUAUCAAAAGCCAUGUGCAAAAUUCUAGGCAUUUUACUCAAUUGUAUUGCUCCUUAUACUUCUCUUAGGAUAAUCUGUGAGAAAGCAACUAAAACACAGGCUUUUCAAAGGCUGGGAAUGAGGAAUAUACACAGCAACCCAGUGGAUUAUACAGGCAAAAGAGCCAUAUAAUUCCUCAGAGGUUGGCAGGAGCUUUUCUGAUGUUUCAUCUGUAUUAAUUUUCAAGCAUGAGGGGGAGAAAAGUGAGGCCUCUUUUUUUUUUUUUUUUUUUUUAGUUG